CCCCUCCUAAAUCUUGGUAGCUAGAGUGGGAGAGAUUACUCCAGCAAGGAUGGUUCAGGAGUUACUCUUCCACCAUGCUGCCGCUUCCCUCCCAACACCCGCACUGCACGUGGCCCUCCAGCAGCAACCACGUGAUGAAAACGGAGCAGGGAGGGGGCGGGCACUUCCGGGGUACCAGAGGUCGCAGGGGCGGCAAGAUGGCGGCCCCCUUAGAGCUCAAGUGCUGGGGCGGCGGUUGGGGGCUUCCGUCUGUCCACUGCGAGUCUCUGGUGGUUCUGGCUUAUGCCAAGUUUUCUGGUGCGCCCCUGAAAGUCAGUGUUAUAGAUAACACCUGGAGAGGUUCAAGAGGAGAUGUACCUAUUUUGACAUCAGAAGACAAUAUUGUAUCUCAACCGGCAAAAAUACUUAAUUUUUUGAGAAAACAGAAAUAUAAUGCUGAUUAUCAACUUUCUGCAAAACAAGGUGCAGAUACAUUGGCUUACAUUGCUCUCCUUGAAGAGAAGCUUCUUCCUGCAGUGCUUCACACAUUCUGGGUUGAGAAUGACAAUUACUUUAAUGUGACAAAGCCAUGGUUUGCUUCACGGAUUCCAUUUCCAUUGAGCUUGAUUCUGCCUGGAAGAAUGUCCAAAAGAGCAUUGAACAGGAUCCUUCUGACCAAGGGAGAGCCUCCUCUCUACCACCUUAAAGAAGUAGAAGCCCAGAUAUAUAGAGAUGCCAAGGAGUGCCUAAAUCUUCUGUCAAACAGAUUGGGAACAUCUCAGUUUUUCUUUGGAGAUAUACCUACUACCUUGGAUGCCUAUGUCUUUGGUUUUCUUGCACCUCUUUAUAAAGUACACUUCCCUAAGGUCCAGCUACAAGAGCAUUUGAAACAACUUACCAAUUUGUGCCGCUUCUGUGAUGAUAUCCUGAGUUGUUACUUUAGGCUCAGCUUUGCAGGCUUUUCUCCAGCCGGACAAGAUAUAGUAGAUGCAAAUCUGCAGAAACUCACACAGCUUGUAAAUAAGGAAUCCAACUUGAUUGAAAAGAUGGAUGACAAUCUUCGCCAAAGCCCUCAACUUCCUCCUCGAAAACUGCCGACUCUUAAAUUAACUACCGCAGAUGAAGAAAGCAAUUCGUUUCAGCCCCUUUCACCCUGACAGCCAUCCUACUCUGUGCAUGUUCUUCAGCUGCCUUCAAAUCAUUUGAAUGCCACAGUAAUCUUAUAAACAUGUAUGGCCAGAAAAAGGAAAGCUAUUACAAUAGGUACAAGUAGGACAUUAAGACUAAAAGUAGACCCCCUCCGUGCUGCUUGUUCUAUUAAGAAGCUUGUAGUCCAGCCUGAUCAUGCACUAAAACAAGGUUAGGGUGAAUUUUUAAAAAGAAAUAUAUUGUACUGUAUGAAACUAUCUUAACUUUUGCAAAUUUUGGCCUUUGGUUCAUACAUUGUUGAUCAAAAGCUAUAAAUCUGUUGUUCUGAAUGUGCACUCUUAAUUUAUUCAAGUGUAUUAAUUUAAUCUCCUUCAAUUAAUGUAUGUAAUGCUGUAUAACUAUUUGUCUGAGGCUUUUUUUCUCUCUUAAGAAGCCCAUAGUCUCCCUCAGGAUUAGGAAAAGGGUAAAAGCUUUCAUAAUUAAUGAAAAUCCUGUCUUUAAAAAGAAGUAAAAAUGUACUUUUAAUUAGGCUUUCACAAUCCCAGUCUCUUUUGGUUUGGGGACUAUAGAUCAAAUAUAAAUGAUGGUUUCACAUAGUAUUGCCUGGCUAAAUGCUCUUUAGGAUAAUUUUUAUCACAUGCACAGUGUGCACAGUAGGCUAGCAAGGCUCCUGAUUAGUAUAGUAGUCAAUGUGCCAGCUGUAUACAACGAUACUUUAGGCUUAUCUCUAGAUUCAUUUGGGGGUUAAUUUGGAUUCUAAGAGAUUUGGGUGUGUUGGUAUUGAGAUACCAUAUCAUCUCUUACUUUGGCAAGCUGUUAAUAAUCACUCAGAAGGAGCCCAGGGGCUAGAAUAACGAGGAUACUGCAUGCCAAAUUCUGUACCUAUCCAGGCUUUGCUUUGUCCAAACCAUUAGAAGAACAUGGUGUAGUCAAAACCUUUACAACCACCAGCUUGGCUGUUUCUUAGACAGCAGUUGAAAAACCCAAAGGCAUAGAUUAGAAAGCAGCAGUAGAUUUUUAAGAAUCUGUUUUAGCAUUAUUGAUUACUAAAGUGCUUAAGAGAUUCUGCUAUGAGGGAAAUUUUACUUCCAAUCAGAAGCUUACUUAUUCUCAUGACUAAAGAGCUUCUUUUAUCUUAGGACCACAUCUAGGGUUUUAAAAAAUAUAUAGCAACAUGUUUUUGAUCAGUGUCUUAAAGAUUACUAAAGGUGCUCAGCUCAUCUGGUCCAGUUCCAAUUCAGAGACUCUUAUGUCCUAAAAUAGGUUUCAUAUCUAAGAGACCAUUUCCAUUUCAUGUUGAUUUGAGCUCAGCCAUUUCUUGAACCUAUCUUUCCUAAACUAUUUAGUUUAUUCUCUCUUUAAGUAAAUAUUUAUGUAAGAAUCCAUAAAUUCUUGUAAAUAUUGUAUCUCAAAAGUUUUAACUAAUUGAGAAAUUUCAUCUUUUAAAUUUCCUUUAUUUCUUCAAUUAAUUUUAAAAGAGUAUAUUAACUAGUUUUCAUGUUACUAUUUAAGUAGUUAUUUCUGCUUCAUUUAUUUAUAAGGAUGGGUUUAGAUAUAACAGCUACCAAAUCUACAUGAAUGUUUUGAAAAUCAUGAACUUGGGAAUUUAUGUUUGGGAAGCAUUUGUGUAACAGAAAACAAUGAGCAUAUUUAUGAAUCGUACUUUUGUUUAUGCUUUGUUAAAAAAGAACUAUUUUAGCAAGAUCCUCAGCUUUGCUUAAAGAUAGAUAUUGUUUCUAAAUGAAAAUGUUCAAAUUUCCACAAGCAUAAAAUAUAAUAUUAAUAGUGGUUUAUAUUUAGAUGGCUUUAUGUUCAUCUCCUUUGAUAGCAUCUUUUUUUUUAUUUCAUAGGUAGGAUCAGACCCAGAUGUUAUUUUUAUGUGCUAAUAUUUCAUAGUAAACAACUAAACAUAAGUGUGAUCCAUUUGCUUAUUGUUUUUUUCUAGCUUUGAAAGUCUUUUCCUAUAACAUGUUGAACAGCUGUUCCAAAAUCCUUUGCUAAGAACAGGAUCUAAUAUUGACAAACAAGGAUUACUGUACUACAGUUGUAUUUGCAUAUUUUUUCUCUCUUCGGUAGAGAUCCUUUGGCUUUAAAGAAUUUUUAGUUAUUUCUUUUUGCUUAUUUUUCCAUUUAAGCAAAUUUACAUUUUGAAGCUAAACCUAGUAUAAAGUAUGAUAGGGACCAUAUAUAGGAAUGAAAGGGGCCAAAGAAUUUGCAAAUUAAUCAGGGAUUGUAAUCAAUCUAAGUCAGUAUGUGUUUUGAACCAAGUUUGAAAUUUGAGGAAACAAGAACAAAAUAGGAAGGUGAGUUAAUAAGAUUCAUAAAAAUAAGAUUCAUUUGCUUCAUUCAGGUGGAUAGUAGGUGGCAUAAGUUGAGGGGGAAAAGUAGGGAUAAGGAGUAAAGACAAUACUUAGAAAACCAAGAUCCAGUCUCAGAUGUGAUGUUUCAGAUUAGUGAUAGGACUCUAAGACUCAUAGUAUCUUCUUUAUCAUGGAAAGCUGUUUUUUCCUCCCAUGAAGAUUUCAUACCAGAAAAUCAGAUUUCAAUGUAAAUGUGUAAAUGCAGUUUGGUCACUUGGGAAUUGAAAUUGGUUAAAUCAAAGCCAAGCUUGUGGCCUUUCAGUUUGUAAUUCUAUUUCUGCCAAGUGUAUGUUACUGACAACCUACCAGAAGUAUCUCAAGAUAUUGAAGACAGCCAUUAUGCAAAAUCCAUCCAAUGUAAUGGGACAAUAGCAUUAAGGACUUUAUUGUAGGCAAAUGCCAUCAACAUCACCUCAGUUUGUGUGCCUGAUUCUAACUUUUGAAAAGGAAGUAACAGAACCAAUACGUUAUCAAGGAUUGUCUGAAGAAGCCCAUUAGGAGAUUGUUGACCAGAGGGGGCUGCUUGAAGAAGGGAUCUGUAUCCGGGAUUCCAGUGUAUACAAAUUGUAUUAUAACAGGAGGUGGGAAAAUCUGGCUUGGCAGAGUCAGGAAGGUGUCAUUUGACUUAAACUGGGACCUCAUUUAAUCAUGGAACAUGCUUUCCUAGGCCCAGAAUGGACCAAUAGACAUGAUUAUCAUAGCCAGUAGCAUGUACUCAUCUAAUGAGUUGUCAAAUGAGGUUGGUCUUGCAAAAUGGGUAGAAGAAGGAAGGAAAUAAAAGUUGCACACAUGGCUUAAUUGAUCUGCAUUAAUUUGGAAUUUAGAUCUUUAGAUCAUUAAUUGGAUUUAAAGAUACAAAGACCUGGGAAGAAUUAAAAAAACUUUUUUUUAAAUGGGAA